ACACCCUCUCCUCCUAUAUCCAAUCGAUUUUCCCUCUUCCAUCACUCCUCCCUUCUCAUUUCCUUCACAUCAAAAUCCAUUUCUCAUUCUUUUCUUCUUCAUCUUCACAAAAAUGAAUUAUUCAUCAUACAACCCUAAUCAACCACAACAACAACAACCCUAUUACGAAUACGAUCCAUCUCAGGUUCAACUCCAACCGUACGAUCAAUCUUCUUAUGCUGCUGCUGCUGCUGCAGCCUAUCAACCUUCUUCAUACUACGCUGCCGCAGCUGCUUAUAAUCAACAAUACGCCGCCGCUGCUGCUUAUUAUCCAACUGCCGUUGAUACUACUCCGGUUCAACAUUCUUAUUAUCAAACUGAACCCAACCCGGUUCAUCCUCCUGGUGUUAAUCCUGCUGAACCCAACCUUUUGGUUCAACCCCACAAUCUUCCGAUCGGGCCAUCAUCUCAAUACAGAGGUGGGGGUGGUGGUAGAUCAUUCAGGCGAGGUGGUCGUGGUCGAGGUCAGUUCAACCGUGGAAGAGGACGUGGAGUGGGCGGUGGGAGACACUUUCCAUCUCAUUCUUCCGGACCUGCUAUUUCUGAUGUACCGGGUGCAUCUGCUGCUGCUGGAGCCACUUAUGAGGUACAAGGUUCAUCAUCAGUCUCAGCUCAAGUGCAAACUGCACCAGUGCAACCGCAACCACGUGGGGUAUUUUGUGAUAUUUGUAAGAUUGAGUGCAAUACGUCUGAAGUUAUGCAGGUGCAUCUGCAAGGAAAAAAACAUCUGAAGAAUUUGAAACUGCAUGAAGCAAAACAGAGACGCAAUCCUAUCAACGGAUCGCAGAGUAGUCAGAAUCCUACCUCUGAAUUGAACUCGACAGAUCAAUCUGUGAUAGCUCAGGAAUUGGAGGACCCCACCAAAGUUAUGAGCUCUGAAAUUGCAGCUGAUAACAAGGAUGAAAUGAUGUUGCAGAAUAAUGUAGGAGAGACUUCUGAUGUUCCAGCUGAAGAGGCUGAUGGGUUAAGAAUGGAAAACUCAGGUGCAAGGGACCGUGGAUUGAAGCGUAAGACAAGAGGUGCAAAAGGUGGACGUAAACAGAUGAGGACUACUGAUGGUUCAGUACCUGAACAACAUGUAGCUAUUACAUGUGAGUUGUGCAAUGUUAAAUGUGACACCCAACGUGUUUACCAGGCUCAUAUUACUGGGAAAAAGCACAUGAAACGUGCAUAUGGUUACCAAGGUCCGGCUGGAGUAGGUAAUCAAGCUUUGAUCGGACUAGGUAACCAAGCUUUGGUCGGAGUAGGCAACCAAGCUCCGUCUGAUGUGGUUGGUCCCCAAGCUUUGCCUGGAGCAGCAGGGCUUCAAGCACUUUACCCACCUGACAUCAAUGCUCUAGCGACUGCAAUUAAUGCUCAAGUCCAACAAGGCGAUAAUGAUCCACAGGUACUUCUGGCUCAGCUACUGGUGAAUGCACUAUCUCAAGCACAAGGAUCAACCACAGCAGCACCGAAUGGCACCUUGGCAGCUCAGACACCAGCACCUGCAUCUGUGGCCGGUUCAGGUAAUGAUCCCCAGUUGGUGCAGACACAAGUCUCGGAAGUUGCAGCAGAUGUUGGGGUGGGAAAUCCUACUGGAGAAAUAAAAAAUGAGAUUUUAUCUGUGCCGCUGGAAUCAAAUGCACAGGAAGGUUCAAAUGUUGCCCCCAAAAUUGAAGGUGGAAAUUCUGAAACUAAAUAAUUGCUAAUGGCAGGAAGAGACAAUUCAGGUGCAACAAAUGAAUACCUUCGUAAUAUGAAGCUCUCUAAUUCUUGUAGGACCGAAGUAGAUACAGUCAUUCUCUUUCUCAAUUUUUACUUUAUUCGGAUUAAUGUUUAUUUUAUUGCCGGCGGAGAUUUCUCUUCUACCAAAUAGAUUUGCAGACUAUGUAUUUCUCACAUGGAUGUUAGAUGAGUCACAAAUCCUUUAGAUUGUUGCAUUUGUAUGUGCACGUGCGCCCGUGUUUGUGAUGCUUUUUACCAUUUUUGUUGACAGAAAUCGAGUUAUUAAA